UGUGUAACAAGAGGAGAUACACUGAAUCAAUUGCCCAGAGCAUGACAGUUAGAAAGACACAACGUUUGAAACUCACAAGAUCCACAAAACACACCGACACAGGUCUCCGCUUUCCCAAAGUUCGAGCUUUUUUUGUCUGCGUAAGAAUCGACACAAACACCAAAAAAGAAGAAAGGAAAAAAAAAAAGGAAACUCAUUGAUCGUGUGACAGAUGGGCUUUUGUGUGAAAUCCACGACUCACCACCGACAUGACCUCCAGCGUCACACGUAGAGUUGUGCGUGCGGGUGGGAGUUGUCUCGUGAAACGCAUUGUUGUGUUGGGGGAUGAGCCGCUAGAGCUGCUCGAGCUGUUCGCUCCUGGUCGGCUGUGGCUAGCGAGCGACUCCAGCCUCUGAGUGGUCCACAAAGCAAACCAGUCGCAUGCUCCGUUUCGAUUUCAACGUCGAAACCCCCACGGGCACCAAGCAGGCCCCCUUUUUUUAUUGGUUUUAGUCCCUGAAAAGACCCCAGUAUCGCCCGUUGGAUGAGAACACUGUGUACGGAAUUAGAGCCACUUAGCAGGCCGUGUCGCCAUUGCUUUGUACGGCUGCUGGCUGGCUACCGUCUUCCUCAGCUAGCAAAGCUGCUCUUCAAUCCGAGCAACACGGAGCGCCAAGAUGAAGAAGAAAGCUCGGCAGCACCGGGUCGCGGUGCCGCAGAGGCCACCGUCUCCCAUCAAACUGUCGCCCAACAAGCAGAUCCUGACAUACGCCCAGGCGCAGCGCAUGGUGGAGUUCAAUGUCGAUGGCCGCCUCCAUCGGGUCAGCAUAUACGACCAGCUGGACGUUAUCUCGGAUGACGACCCCAUGGUGCAGGAGAUGAUGGAGUGCACCAGCAAUAAGGAGAACGCUGAGAAACCGCAGCAACAGGUCCUCCUGAGGUCAGUCAGACUAAAAAACAACCAGGAGAAGAGAAACGCUGCCCUGGGCAUCACUGUUCAGGGAGAGGGAGGCGGACAUCAGGCCGCCACCAAUGCCGCUCCAAAGCUUCAAGAGCCCAAAUUUCGUACGGUGGAAUAUAAUCUCCCAGCAGUUCCGAAGCGCUCCGCGGCCUUUUACAAAUACACGGAGAAGACGGAGGAAGAGCUGGAUGAGGAAACGGAGUACGACAUGGAUGAGGAGGAUUAUGCCUGGCUGGAUUUGGUGAACGAGAAGCGGAGAAGCGAAGGGGCCAGUCAGGUCUCCCACAAUGUCUUUGAGUUCCUGGUCGACCGCUUCGAGAAAGAGCUGCACUUGGAGAGCCUGGACAAAAGCAGCGAAAAGCAAGCGCCUGUCGACGAGGACGCCGUCUGCUGCAUCUGCAUGGACGGAGAGUGUCACAACAGCAACGCCAUCCUGUUUUGCGACAUGUGCAACGUGGCCGUGCACCAGGAGUGUUACGGUGUGCCCUACAUUCCCGAGGGCCAGUGGCUCUGCAGACACUGCCUCCAGUUGCCCAUGCAGCCCGCAGACUGCAUCCUUUGUCCCAACAAGGGCGGAGCGGUGAAGAAGACGGACGACGAGCGCUGGGGCCACGUGGUGUGCGCCCUCUGGGUCCCCGAGGUCGGCUUCUCCAACACCACCUUCAUCGAGCCCAUCGACGGCGUUAGCCACAUUCCUCCAGCCCGCUGGAAGCUCACCUGCUACCUCUGCAAGGAGAAAGGUGUCGGGGCGUGCAUCCAGUGCCACAAAGCUAACUGUUACACCGCCUUCCAUGUCAGCUGUGCCCAAAAGGCGGGCCUCUUCAUGAAGAUGGAGCCGAUCAAAGACGUGACGGACGCCGGAGAGCCCACGUUCUCCGUGAAAAAGACAGCCUACUGUGGGGCUCACACGCCUAACGGGUGUGUGAGGAGGCCUCUCACGAUCUACGAUAAUGCAAAACCCAGAAAUGGACUAUGUAAGAAAGUGGAAAGAGGGAGAGGCGUUGGUAAAGGACGGUCCAAAGGAAAGAAGAAGAAGAAGAAGAGUAAGAAGCCCGAGCCGGAACCUGAAAGUGAAGCUGCAACCCUUGCUACUGUGCCUACGUUUCCUGCUCACAGGUUACAAACCAUUCUGAACCAGGUGUCGGUUCAGAAGAAGAAAGCGUUCGUGGAGCUGGUGCUGAAUUACUGGACAUUAAAGAGGCAAUCCAGGAAUGGGCUUCCCCUCAUCAGACGCCUUCAGACCAGCAUGCAGUCUCAGAAGAAUGCGCAACCGCGGCAGUGCGAGGAGGAGAGCAGGGCCCUGAAGGACCAGUUGAAGGAGUGGCACCGUCUCCGACACGACCUGGAGAGAGCCCGGCUGCUGCUGGAACUGAUCCGCAAGAGGGAGAAGCUCAAGAGGGAAGAGAUCAGACUGCAGGAGACCCUCCUAGAGAUACGGUUGAGUCCCUUCAGUAUUUUGCUCAGAGCCCUGUUGGACCAGCUGCAGACAAAAGACCAAGCCAAGAUCUUCACCCAGCCGGUGGAUGUCAAUGAGGUGCCCGACUACCUCGACCACAUCAAGCACCCAAUGGACUUCUCCGCCAUGCGUCAGCGCAUCGACACACAGGCCUACAACAACUUUGAACAGUUCGAGAAUGACUUCAACCUCAUUAUUGAUAAUUGCAUGAAAUACAACUCAAAGGACACCUAUUUCUACCGGGCUGCUGGCCGCCUCCGAGACCAGGGCGGGUCCCUGCUCAGGAAGGCCCGGCGGGACGUGGAGAAAAUCGGCUUCGACGCGGAGAGCGGCGUGCAUCUGGCCGAAGCGCCGGAAAUCAAAGCACCCACGUGCUUCUCGUGGGAGGACGUGGACCGCCUGCUAGCGCCAGCCAACCGGGAGCACCUGUCACUGGACAAGCAGCUGCAGCAGCUACUGGAGAAGUUUGACCUGACCUGCGCCAUGAAGUCCAGCCCCUCCCGCAGCAAGCGCCUAAAGCUGCUCAAGAAGACCAUCAACGAUGUGCGCAAUGAAAUGAGCCUGAAGAGAGUCCUGCCCUCCGGCCACCAUCACCACCACCACCACCAUCAUCACCACCACCACCACCACCACCAUUCGACUCCCUCCACAUCAGCAUCGUCUUUGUCAGCUCCCUCCCACCCAGAGCUGAGUAAAGAACCGAAAGAAGAGAGAUCGAAACCCAAUGGACAUUUCCAUGAUGACGAGGGAGACACGUCUCUUCCUCCUAAACUGGAGCCUUCGGACUCCAUCCCCCCCCUCAACCACUCGGACAUAGACCCCGGGCCCCCCACCCUCAAACCAAUCGGCGCCGCCCCCGACCGUGAGGACAGGCGUCCGGGCAAGUUCGCGAGGUGCGAUGUGGAGGUACCGGAGCUGCUGUCUUCCGCUCCUCGCCUCAACGGCCACUCCCGCGACGGCCUCCCGAACUCGCUGCUGGACGGGGACGUGAGCGUGGUGGCCACGUCGACCCUCGCGGCGCCGACGGGCACGGUUAACCGCCGGACGGCCGUGCUCUUCCGCAAGUCGAAGGGCGCCAGCCCCCGCAAGCCGCCGAGGUGCGGGGACGAGGGAGGCGGUGGAGUAGACCGGAAAGAAGGCCAGGAGGUGGAGGAGGAAGCUGACGACAGCGCACAGCUGGGCUCCAAAUCCUUCCUGUCGGUGGUCAUACCUCGGCUGGAGACGCUGCUCCACAGCAAGAAGAGGAAGCACAGCGGCAGCAGGGGCAGCGAGGAAGAGGAAGAGGAGGAAGAGGAGGAGGAGGGGGGAGGAGGAGAGGGAGAGCACGAGGAGGAAGAGGAGGAGGAGCAGAGAGAGUCCCCUGUGAAACGCCUUGACACUGGCUUGUUGAGCAGUUUUCUGGAGGUGGAAGAGGAGAAGGAGCUCGUGGACUCCGGUCGGGCCAGUCGGCCCGUGGAGCCACGGAGACGCUGUGCCUCCGAGUCCUCCAUCUCCUCAUGUAGCAGUUUGCCCGGAAGCACCAGCACCGUUCUCAGUCUUCCAAAAUGUGGGAAAGGGAAACCCGCCUUGGUCCGGAGGAACACUGUGGACGAUAAAAGUGAAUUAAUCGCCUGCAUCGAAACCGGGAACUUUGCGAAAGCUGCUCGAAUCGCUGCCGAGGUUGGCAACAGCAAUAUUUGGAUGCCCGCUAGUGCUGCAACAGUUGCAUUGGAACCCCUAAAGCUAGUUUGGGCCAAAUGUAGUGGAUACCCUUCCUACCCUGCCUUGAUCGUCGACCCGCACAUGCCGCGCGUGGGCUGCCAGCACAACGGGGUCUCCAUCCCCAUGCCCCCCAUGGACGUGCUCCGCAUCGGGGAACAGAUGCAGUACAAAGCCGAAGAGAAACUCUACCUCGUCCUCUUCUUCGACAACAAGCGCAGCUGGCAGUGGCUUCCUAGAUCCAAGAUGGUUCCUCUGGGAAUGGACAAGACCAUCGACAAAAUUAAAAUGAUGGAGGGACGCACGUCCAGCAUUCGCAAGGCGGUCCAGAUCGCCUACAGCCGCGCCAUGAACCACCUGAGCAUCGUGCAGGACGAGCCGGUCAGCGACCUCAGCGACGUGGACUGAUGACGCUCUCUCUCUCUCUCUCUCUCUCUCUCUCUCUCUCUCUCUCUCUCUCUCUCUCUCUCUCUCUCUCUCUCUCUCUCUCUCUCUCUCUCUCUCUCUCUCUCUCUCUCUCUCUCUCUCUCUCUUACACACACACCUUGACCUCUCCUGUACCAAAUACCCUCCUCUCUCCUAACUCUCUCCGUUUCUGCAAGGAGACUCAAAUGUUUACUGGGCACCCGCCGUAACAGGUGGUGUCUCUUCCUCAUCCAUUCCUCCUCACACCCGCCCUCCUACCAUGUGCCGAUGGGAUACGGCUGCUGCUGAAAUGAAUGUGUCUAUCUUAUCCUCUCCUCCACCACCUCCAGACUCGUAACUGUGCUUAGAGACCGCUCUUUUAUGUCCCCUGUCCCCACCCCCCACCUCCCCUCCCCCGCCUCCACCGCCUCCACCAAUCACGACUGUCAUUUCAAGGCAAAAAGCCCCGUCAGUGAUUGAUUCCGUAUAUCGCGGCAGCCUUACCAACCUCGCCUGUGGUGUCAGGACUUUGUAGUAAGACAAGAACGUCACACCGACUGAACAUCUUUUGACUGGCUGAUCGUCGGUUAAUUUGGGCAGGCAGCCAAUCAUCAUUUCAAGUUAUAAAAAAAAAAAAGAAGAAGCAUCUAGUCGCUGCUACAUGAAAUAUUUUUCAGUUGUAGCCUUUAAAUAAAUGACCUUACGUCAAGGUCACAUUUCCAUACUGGUCAUCUCUAUUUCCAAAUACCUUCCUUUUGUAUUUAAACUGUAAAUAAUCUGUACAGAUGCCUGACACUAACUUAUUUUGUAGUUUUGACAUAAAUGGUUACUGUACAGGAGUUUUCUUAGUAUUUAUACUUGAUGCAUUCUUGGCACUAACAUGAGAGUGCUAUUUUGAGUGAUGUAUGAUCAAGGAGAAUAAAAGUGCAAAUGCCUUAGUGUUAAUUAAGGAGAUUAGGGCUAAAAUGUCAUGUUUCUGAAAAGUAUGAAAGUAUUCAUUUUUUUUUAAGUUAUUGAAGUUUAUAAUCGUAAGCUUCCAUUUGGCAUUAACCCUUUUUGUAUUCAAAAAUAGUUUUAGUAUAUUUUUGUUCAUAUAUAUAUUUAUAUGAUUUGAAGUCUCUGAAGCUCAUACAGGCAGUCUGAUGUUGUGGACCCAGAACGUAUAUAUUGUUCUCAAGAAACCAAAAAAGUUGCUACCCCCGAAGUUUUUUUUCUUUCUUUUUUGCUGAUUAAUUUCCUGUGUGAUGUGUGACAUUGUUGCCAAAAAAAGAAGAAAAAAAAGUAAAGUGUAUUUUUAUGUGAUACAUUUGACUGUUACUUGGUUUUGCUGUAGUCGUGGGGAGACGGGCCUGCGGUAACUUAUUGUAAAGCAUUUGCAUUACUUUAUAUCCAAGGAAAGACGUGCGAACUGAUUGUGGUAACGUGGCACAUUUUGUGGUGGAUACUUGCCUUCUUUUUAAUAACCUUUUCUAGCUUCUUUUAAUUUGUUUUGUUGUAGACUUCAACACAUUUAAUUUUAUACGAUUGCCUAUUUUUUUUUGUGGGUAGCAUUAGGCCGUUUUUUAUAUAUUUCAUUUUGUACUUAACUGUUGUAG